AUGGCCGCAACUUUCAAGGUCGACGUUCAUACGCAUCCGAUCCCUGGCAUGUACAGACAAGCUCUCCUGGACGCUGGAUACGGACCGCCAGGGACGAAUGCCUCCGAGAUCUUCGUUGAUGGCUUUCGCACACCAGAGUUCACCAUCGAGUCUUACCUCGAGGAGCGUCUGAACCGCGGUUACAACUACUCCAUCUUGAGCAUCACGGCACCAGGCCUCAGCUUCUUGAAGGGCAACAUUCAGGCCAAAACACUUGCUCGCCAGCUGAAUGACCAGAUGUCCACGUGGACACAAGAGCACCCGAAACAGCUCGGUGCUUUUGGCGUCCUUCCUCUACCGGACAUCGAAGCCUCUCUGGCGGAGAUCGAAUACUGCCUCGAUGAGCUUCACAUGGAAGGCAUAGGCCUCUACACCAAUGUCAACGGCGUCUAUCUUGGUGAUCCGGCCUUGGAUCCAAUCAUGGAAGAGCUGGACCGCCGCAAGACGACUGUCUUCGUUCACCCCGCAGGCCCUCCAGCAGCACCGGCGCUGUAUAACAUGUCGUUGCCGGUGAUGGAGUAUCCCUUCGACACCACACGCGCCAUUGGCAACUUGCUUUUUACUGGCACCCGCAAACGCUUCCCUCAUAUGAGCAUGAUCUUUUCUCAUGGAGGAGGAGUCACUCCGUUUCUGGCGGUACGUCUCGCCAUCCAGUCGACCUUGUCCUUCCAAGGAGGGAAGAGCUAUGAUGAGGCCUAUGCCGAGCUGCAAGGGUAUUACUUUGACACCGCCGUCACCGUGGGUAAUGCGUCGUCUGCGGCGCUGAAGGAGUUUGUAGGCGCGGACCGGAUGCUGACGGGAUCGGACUAUCCAUACAUGCCAGACAGCCUGAUCCCGAUGGCCCAGCAGUCACUGGAGGCGUUUGAAGGGUUCUCGGCGGAGGAUCGACGUAAGAUUGGGUGGAAGAACGCCUUCCGGUUGUUUCCGGGCUUGAAGACCAAGUUUCCCGAAGUAGCUGCAGAUGUGUAG